ACAAUUGCAAUUUUGAGACCAAUGUCUACUCUACAUUUAAUUCCCAUAAAUGUAGAGAGCAUGGAGCGCUUGAUCAAAGGCAGUUGAAAUCUGGCAUUCUCUUGCACGUUUCUACUCACAGUGUAGAUAAUGUGCAACAAGAAGAGCCUUUGAGCCCUGAUCCUGUAGAUGAACAUGUGGAGGAAAGUUAUAUAGAGAGUGAAAACCUUGAUGCAUUGCAUCAUCAAUUGGAACAUAAUUUAGCCUCUCUUUUUCUCAAAAUGCAGGCAAUUUUGCAUGUUUCUGAUUUGGCUGCGCAAGAAAUAAUUCAACAAAUAAAUCAAAUUUUACUUUUUUCAGAGCCCCUUGUCUAUCAUGCUGUUCAGCAAAUUCUUCUUGAACAUGGACUGAGUGGCUGUGAUUCACUAGUGAGAAAAAUAGUAAAUGCCGUAAAAGACAGUAACCCAAUCUUGACUAUGACUAAAGAUGGUGAGCCUCUUUCCACAAUAAGUAGAAGAGCAUCAUAUUUUCAGAGUGAAUUUCCGAUUGUCGUGCCAAUUGAAUACAAGCUUGAUUCACAGUCAGUCUCUUAUGUGCCAGUUCUGCAAAUGUUGCAGAAACUUCUAAAUAGGGCUGACAUUCUUAAUAGGGUCCUUUGCAAUGAUCGAUCCGUUAAUGAAUUCAAGACUUACAGAGAUGGCACUCACUAUCAAGAAAAUGACUUUUUCAACACUGAGACCUUCAGGAUUGUCCUGGGUCUUUAUGUUGAUGAAUUUGAGCUUGCCAAUCCUCUUGGCACUUCCCGAAAAAAACACAAAAUGUUCGCUCUCUAUUGGGUUCUAGCCAACCUACCCUCAAAAGAUCGUUCAUCACUUCAGUCAAUUCAGCUAGCAAUUUUAUGCAGAGCUAGUGCAGUUAAACAACAUGGUUACACAGACAUCUUGCGCCCAUUUGUUCAGGACCUUGAAACUCUUGAAAAGCAUGGUGUAUACAUUGAACAGUUAGGAGACUCUGUGAAAGGAAGUGUGCUUUUUGUGUCUUCUGAUAAUUUAGGUGCUCAUUCCUUUGCAGGACUACAGGAGAGUUUCACUGUUGAACACCCAUGUCGGUUCUGCUUUGCAAGCAGAUCUGAAAUCCAGGAGAAGGAGGUCCGGUCAGGAGCAUUUGAACUGCGAACCAAGCAGGAGCAUGACAGAGAGACCAAAUAUGGAGACAAGGACCAUACUCCGAGUUAUAGUUUGUGACAACGACAUCAGAAAAAUCGUACUUCCUUUGAAACCACAGACAGUUGACUCACUGUUGGAACAACUUGAAGAAAAGCUGGGACUUCAGUACAAGUUCACACUUCAGUUUGAGGAUCCAGACUUCAACAAUUCCCUUGUGAAUCUUACCGACAUUGCUGAUUUGCCAGAUAAACCCACACUGAAGAUUGUCUCACUUGUGACGACACCAACCCCUAGCACAGCUGACACUGAAAUCCUGUCUGUGGCUUCUGAUGAUCCAUGUCAUAGUCUACGUACUGCAUGGCCAGAAACUUUCGAGAUCCCUAAUUUUCCUGUUGAUGUUGAAUACAGAUUACGUCAGGGAAAUCUACAGUACAUGCGAGAUCAAACAUAUCUACAAUUGUCAGGAGAGCUUAAGCAUGAGAUUCUUGAAAAACUCUCUGAGACAAUAUACAGUUACAAAGCUUACCCAAAUAAGGAAGAUUUCGAGGCUGUUGCUGCUGCUUUGAUAAAAAAACAUCCCUGCCUUACCCAGCCUGGCUCAUCUAAGGGGUGGAAUGGGUGGUAUGAUAGCCUUAGAUGGAAAAUGGGUAAUUACCGCUCAAAACUGCGUCGAGCUGGAUGUUUGGAGGUAUCCAUAAAUGGUGGAAAAAGAAGAGGACAGCAGCCUCAGAGAAACGUCAAAAGACCCAAGAGGUUUGAAAUAAAUUUCCUACCGAAUUUCCCUGAUGGUGAAGAUGAAGCCAGCAUGGAAUCCAAAAGGAAAGAGAUGGUGGAAGAGAUGAAGAAACGUCGUCUUAAUUCUGCACUGAUAGCCCAGAACAUGAAUUCUACUUUUGCCUUGCGUAGAAAGGAAUUGAUAGAGAAGGAGCCUGCAGUGAAGAACACGGUGGAAAGGUGGCCAGCCCUCUUCACAAAUGGUCAGAAAUCCAACGUCAAUGCGAGACGAACAGCCGUUCUUCAUGGCCUACCACUCCUCCUCGGAGAAGACCCCACCGAUUUUUACAAGACAUGCUUUGACUGUGAUAGCAAUGAAGACAUGCUCGACACGGCAAUCGGUAUCAUGACAGUGAUUCCCGAGGACUCUCCAACUGUGCCCUACUCCUUGCAUCUUGAUGCCACAACAACGGCAAUCAUUUUGGAAGGUACAGUGGUUGUGGAUAACCUUGAAAAUGUUCCACAAGCAAUGUGUCUGCUCUUUGGGCUAAUUUAUGCUCUAAACUUAGAGUAUCCAGCAGCACUGAAAAGCACAUUUGAUUUCCUACAGAGAGUGAUUUUGUCCCUUGGCCACAAGUCACUGAAACCUAAAAUCCAAUCACUAAAAAAAUCGCCUAAUGCAGUAAUGUUUUUUCAUGGUUAACCAUUACUGAGUUGAGUUUGAAUAGAUCUAUGCCUUUUAAGAACUCAAAUUGUUCAGUGCUACUGUUUUACAGAUACUUGUUUUUCCAAAAAAUGUUUUAGAAUAGUUUUAUUAGAAGAUAACUUUUAAAGAGAACUGUAUUAGAAAAUUUGUUCUAUACUAAACUCUAUACCUGUACUUAACAGACUGUUAAGUGUUUGCAAGAUUUGCUUUUGACCACUUUGUAAACAUGUAAAAGACAAAGAAACAUUGCACCUUU